UUCUGGUGAUUAUCAACACAAUAAUUUUAAAGAAAUUGGUAGAUUCCACUUGGGUGAUUUGGUAAAUGUUUUUAGACAUGGUUCAUUAGUUAUGAAACAAUUUGAAAAUGAAUAUGAAACACAAUUAUCAGUUCAAGGAAGUAUUCUUUAUGGCACAAUUAGUGGAGCUCUUGGAUUUAUUACGAAAAUGAGUCCAAAACUGUUUGGCUUCCUGUCAGAUUUUCAAAAAAGUUUAGCUACUGUUGUUAAUGGAGCAGGAAUCAAACCCCAUCACCAUCAAACAGAAUACACAAGAUCUAACAAAGGAUUUUUUGAUGGGAAUUUGAUAAAAAGUUUUUUAAAAUUGCCUGUUUCUGACAUGGAGUCAGUUAUCAAAGGACUAAAGGGAUCAUAUAAUUGUGAAUUCCAGAUAAUACUAGAACAGUCAGAGAUUGGUAUUAAAGAUGUAAUCAAUCUCAUUGAAGAUUUAACAAGGUUGUAUUAAUCAAUGCUAUAAUCUAUUUUAAAACAAUUUAAUAGUACUUGUAUGGUGUAUAAUAUUAUGAUAUCACUAACAUCCUUAUGAAUAAUUUUGUAAUAAGUGUAACAUAUUAAACAUAAUAUUAUUUAUCUAUCUAUCUUGUACCAUAAUUAAAGUUAUGUAGGUGCCAAUUUUUUUUUGCCUACCUGCACUUCUGAAAAAUGUAGGUAUAUAUAAUUAUUAGCUUAUUGUACCAUCUAGAAAUUUUGUUAGCAAGGAUUUAAAAGUAAUUAAAACAAUUUAAAGACUUAAUUUAGACAAAAUUAUAUUUGAAUUAGGUCUUAGAUUAUCAUUAAGCAUUUUUGGGUAAGCAAUUAUAAUUUCACACUUCCUUUAUACAUAUUUGUUUUGAUUAAUAUAUAUAUA